UAUGCUGGUUCUGCCGUUCACCUCUAGUUUCCCAGUCCUAGUUACAUGUCGUCUUAUUCAAAACCUUUGUCUUGGAGCUUUCAUGACAGCAGACGCUUCCCUUGUAGUUUAUUUACUAGGUCCACAGAAAUCAAGGCCGUUUACAAUGAUGUUCCAUGCUGUCAUAGGAGCUGGAUUUCUUGCAACCACCUUCAUGGUUCGACCCUUCCUACCCUCAGCGGAGGAGCUAGACAAGGACUCCCUCUGCAGCAGGAUAACCGCUGUUGAUGAUCCCAAUGUAGAUAUGUCCAAUUGCACAACCAUGACAAUAAUCCUGGAUCCGGAAACUGAUCAAGCAAUUCCAACCAUAGCCUGGCCCUUCCUCAUUUCAGGAGUUUGGUGUAUUGUUUUCAGUCUUGGCUUCUUUGUCCUCGCCUUCCUUCCGUAUACAAUGCCGAGGUUUUAUGAGAAGGAGAAGGAGGAUAAUCCGAAAAAGGAGAGAAAGGAUAAACCAAUAAGAUAUCUUCCAUUAUUCUUUUUUCUAGUUUUCUUGUAUUAUUUUAUCUCCUGUGGUGUAGAGAGAAUAAUCCAAAGUAUGGUUUCAACCUUUGGACUUUGUGGUCCCCUAGACCUGUCUCCUACAGAGGCCGUGGCCUCAGAUUCAUUUUAUAACGGAGGUUUCAUGUGUGGACGGUUGAUUUCUGCGGUUGUUGCUGGAUUUCUCCGGCCUCGGAACAUGAUAAUCUUGUCGCUGUGCGCGUGUGUGCUCGCGUCUGUGCUGUUAAGUGUACUCGGAGGAACCAGUAUGUAUGCUCUGUAUGCUGGAGCUGCUAUUCUAGGUUUCUUUGUCUCCUGGCAGUUUGGUUCCUGUUUCUCCUGGGUUGCCAUGAAGAUAAAUAUCACGGGACGUCUCUCUUCCGUUUUCUUUGUAGGAUGCGGUUUCGGGAGUUUAUCCACUCCACCCCUCACUGGGUUCAUUUUUACAUCCAGUUUUGGUCCGAUGUCAAUAUUCUACGCAACCCUGGGGUUCUGUAUCCUGCACUGUAUUAUCUUCCUCUUGAUGUGGCUGAUGGCGAGGUCAACCAACCCGGAGCUAAACCUUCCUUCUUCGUCCCGUCCUAAAUCCUCAGAGUUGAAGAAGAAAAAUCUAGAAACUAUUCAAGAAACCCAGGAAUCAUCCUGCUCCGUCCUGGAUUACAGAUCCUUAAAUUACUCCGUCCACAACCUUCCAUCAUCCUCCGAGGUUUCAUCUACCUGUGAUUACUCCGAGUCUGAUUAUCCGUCCUAUGAUUAUCGUCCGCCAAUACUUGCUCUAGAAGAGAUAAAACCUCCGCCUCAUAUACAUAAUUAAAUAAUAAAAUACAUUCUUCUAGUAACUAUA